CUUCGCCCAGCCUAAUUUUGUAGUGCACUUUGCUUCGGCUUUUAAAAAUUUUUUUCAAAUUAACUUAAGCCCAAAUAACCCGUAAAAAUGAUGAAAGCCGUCGCCUUCGUGUGCCUGGUCGCGUGUGUGGCUGCGCAGCAGCAGUUCGUGUGGGACCUGUUGAAGCCGGCGCUGAACGCGGCGGAAGUGCAGGCCAUCCUGGCCAACCGGGACGCCAACCAGUACCCCAACUACAACACCAUCCCGCAGACGGGAUUCAGCUGUCAGAGCAAGAAGCAGCCGGGAUUCUACGCCGACACGGAGGCCCAGUGCCAAGUCUUCCACCGCUGCGACAUCAACGGCAACCAGACCAGUUACCUCUGCGUCAACAGCACCGUCUUCAACCAGGUCACCCUCAUCUGCGACUACUUCUUCAACGUCGACUGCCAACGAUUCUCUGCCUAUGAGAACUUUGCCAACUCCCGCCUGUACACUGACCAGCCCCUCUUCGACACGCCCCCUGCUGACUACGUUCCCCCCGGAGUUGGAGCCCCCCAAAUCCUCGCCGCUCAACCUGUUGCUCCCAAGAGGGCGGCGGCGGGAAAGAAGGGCGCUAACGGCCGCAAGUAAAAACUUCAAGGAAAUCGAACGACAGAUAUCUAAUGAAUUCCGUUUACGAAUGAAUUAAUACAACUUGAAAUGUUCCUAACCAAAGCGCCGCACUGCCUGUUGGCUGGCAAUUUAUAUUCCAACCAAAAUAAAUGCUCGUGGAAUUAAAUAAAUUCUGAGGCUCGAAUAAAACAAAGUAAUGG